GUCGGCGUCAUGUUUCCUGCGUCAACCCUUGGUUCUGUACCUCGUAGACACUGGUACCAGGUACGACGCCAGGUACCAACAUUUACAGCUCAUGCUGGCAGUAAGCCAGGUUACCCGGCUCCAAAUCACUGGCAGAACACUCGACCAUCAGCUGCCACUCCCAACUCCCUCGUCCGAAAUACUGGCACUCCCUUCUACUUCCGACCAUGGUCCGAUACUGGCGAGUGAGAUGACGACCGGUUGGAGCUGGCCGCGUUGGCUUUCAGUCACUAUUACCGUGCUCUACUAUGCAUUGUUUCCGAUUUAUCUGGUGCUGAGGGUACUAUGGUACAUCUUGGUAUUACUAUCGACUCCCUUCGUGUCCCUAGGGCAUUUCCUUGCGCGCAUAUCGUUGAUCCCAUGGCGUAUCUUUGCGCGUUUCGAGGCAGUGUGGUAUUUCCUGGGCUGCGCAGUCCUGAUCGGAACCCUUCUCGGACUCCUCCUGCAUUUUACCAUGGUAACUUUUGUCAUGCUCUUCGACUUGGACCGGAAACCUUCCCCAAAACCAAACCGGCCCAAAGGGCAUGAUGCGAUAUCUUACAGAAAGGCCAGAGAGGCCAAGAAGCAAAAACAACAACAACUCGAGGAGCAACAGAAACGGGCUGUGCAGGCCAGAUUGAUCGCAUCGCAGCCGCUGCUUCAAGAAAUCAUGCGAGACGGUCGAAAGUUGUCUCAUGCAGGUCCGUCUAGUAGCCCACUGAGUCCAAGUGUUGCUGGUUCGAGCCGAGCCGGUCUUCUGCGGGAAACGAUCCUCGAACACAGUGAGGAAGAUGAGGAUGAUUUGCUAUAUUGAGACAACUGUGUGGGAUCACCGCAGUCCUGCCCUGACGAGAGCAUGCUGAAAGAGAUCUUUGCAUCUAACACGACUGCCCAGUCUUGCGCACAGGAGAAAAGCACCGCUCAAUUUACGAUGUAAACUGUACGUCUCCUCUGGAGGCGGAGCCAGCCUUUCUCUGAGCAUGACUGGGAUGAAACUCCGCACGCGAUCGGUGAUGGUUUGGUUCUCAAAGUCAUAGAGAUCGGGCGCCGAAUCCGUGAAAGGCUCAGCCAGAGUUAUGACCGAGUCGAUAUGGGCAUUCAUCAUGGUCUUGGAUUCGUACCCGGUCAAAUAACCCAGCUUGAUGGAGAGGUCCCUGCAAGCAUUCCGGUCGUUCCUCGCAGCCGCGUCAAGAACCUUGACGUAGAGGUCGACGAAGGAUGCAGGGUAUUCUCUGGAUGCACCAAAAUCCAGCAGUUCCAGCUUGUUGGUUUUGGGAUUGUAGAAGAAAUUGGUCCAGUUCGGAUCUGUCUGCAUGUACCGAAACUCGGUGAUUUCUCUUAGACACAGGCGGAGGAUUUGCGUCCCAAUCCAGUCUCUCUGCUCUUGCGUCAGGGUAGAAAUCAAUUUGGUGACUGCAAUCCCUUCCAUGCGCUCCAUGGUCAGAACCUGCUUGCCCGAAGCCUCAUCAAUGAUUUCCGGCACAGCAAAAGCCUCCUGAUCAUCUGCGAGCAGCUGCCGGAACCUUUUCGCCGCUUCGGCUUCUCGUUCGUAGUCACAUUCCCAGGCCAGUUCGGUGCGGGCAUUGGCAAUGGUCUUAUCGAGAUACAAGCCCUUGGGCAACAGGCGAGAAGCCGUGAGAAGCAGGGAAAGAUUGUUAAGGUCCGAAGAGAUGGAGUCGGCGACGCCAGGAUACUGGACUUUGACGACGACACGGCGGCCGUCCUUCUUCAAGACGGCGCCAUGCACCUGUCCGAUGGAGGCGGCAGCCAGGGGCCGCUCCUCAAACUGCUCAAACAAGUCGCGCCAAUUGGGACCUAGAUUGGAGGCAAUCACGGCGUCUCUCUGUGAUGCCGGCAUGUAGUCUGCGCUAUCUUGGACGCGUUGGAGCACCUCAUGAAUGGGUUUGGGCAGCAUCUUUGCAUCUUGGAAGCUCAUCAUUUGGCCUAGCUUUAGCGCGGCACCGCGCAUCUUGGACAACUUGGCUACCAGGCGUUCCAUGUUCGCGGCGCUCAGCAUUACAGACCCGUCCGGCCCUCCUGACCGACUGAUACUUUCGCUGACGGCUCCAAAGGCCAUUGACGCUGCCAGUCCUCCAUACUCAAUUAGCCGGCCAAAUCUUGUUGAAGGAACCCUCGACUCGCGCAUCUGAUACGGCUGGGCCACUUGUGCUUGCGCCGUCUAGGUCAUCUGUCAGCUGAGCAUCAGUUGAGGGGAAUUGUCCAUUGCGGAGUCUGGAAUAAGAACAUACUCUGCUUUUGCCCGUAUCCUUGGCCAUGUCGGCCGCCAACUGUCGAAUGCUUUCUGUCUCUCCGUUGGACGUCUUUUGCUGGUAGACUCUCGUCAUGUGAAACCGUCGUUUAGACCCGGGAACAUAGCCCGGGGGAUAUGCCGUCUUCUUUCCCAGUAGCUUGGCAUGUUUCGGAUUGUGGAAGAGUUGCGCCAGCUGCUCCUCUGUAGGCUCGGAUGGGUCUUGUUUCUUGGAACCCGAAUAGUAUACGUCGGCAUUGAUACCUGGAGGAAUGUGGGAGUCUCCCGCUUGAACGUCGUUUUCAGACUUGGGAACACGGACACGAGGCAAGGCCGAGAGGACCGGCUUCACACUGUCUGGCGGUUGGUAGAAGACAUCUUGUUCUUGUUCUACCC